AUGCCAUAUAAAUGCUUGGAGUGCGGAAAGCAUUUCCGUCGAAGUGACAUGCUAACUGUUCAUCGAAGGACUCACACCGGGGAGAAGCCCUAUAAAUGCCUGGAGUGUGGAAAAAGCUUCAGCCAGGGAAGAACCCUUGCUUAUCACCGAAGGACUCACACAGGGGAGAAGCCAUAUAAAUGCUUGCUAUGUGGUAAGAGCUAUAGAGACCGAAAAAGCCUUACUUCCCAUCAAACUACUCAUACUGGGGAGAAGCCUUAUAAAUGUCUAGAGUGUGGAAAGAGCUUCUAUCGCCAGGCAUACCUUUCUUCUCACAAAACCGUUCACACAGGACAGAAACCAUACAAAUGUCUGGAGUGUGGAAAGAGCUUCCGUCGGAAAGACACGUUAACUUGUCACUUAAGUACUUGCACUGUGGAAAAGCCAUAUCAAUGCUUUAGUGGCAGAGACACCUUUACUUCCCACCAAACUUCAAACACUGAGGAGAGACUAUAUAAAUGCCUGGAGUGCGGAAAGAGCUUCAGUCAGAGAACAAGCCUUACUUUCCAUGAAAAAACUCACACAGGAGAGAAACCAUAUAAAUGCCUAGAAUGUGGAAAGAGAUUUCGUUGGAAUUACAUGCUAAUUGAUCACCUAAAGAUUCACAGUCAGGAAAAGCCAUGUAAAUGCCUGCAAUGUGGAAAGAGCUUCCGUCUUAAUACAUUGUUAGCUUCUCACCUAAGGACUCACACUGGGGAAAAGCCCUAUAAUUGCUUGGAAUGUGGAAAGAGCUUUCGUUACAUAAGUAAUCUUACUUCCCACCAAAUUACUCAUACUGGGCAGAAACCACAUAAAUGCCUGGAGUGUGGAAAAAGCUUCAGUCGGAAAGACGCAUUAACUUGUCACUUAAGGACUCACACUGGGGAGAAGCCGUAUAAAUGCUUGGAAUGUGGAAAGAACUUUAGUGACAGAAGAAACCUUACUUCUCACCAAACUAUCCAUACCGGGCAGAAACCAUACCAAUGCCUGGAGUGUGGAAAGAGCUACCGUCUGAAUCACAUGCUAACGUCUCACUUAAAGACUCACACUGGGGAAAAGCCAUAUAAAUGCGUGGAAUGUGGAAAGAACUUCAGUCAGAGAAGAUACCUUACAUUCCAUGAAAAAUCUCAUACAGAAAAGAGACCAUAUAAGUGCUUAGUGUGUGGAAUGGGCUUUUAUCACCAUGGGCACUAUUCUUCUCACCAAACCAUUCACACAGGAAAAACCAUUUGA